CACGCACGUGUUUUUAUGACUUCACGAGUUUUGGUAACAGAUAGCUAUUUUUAGACAGAAUACGUUGUGAAAUCUGCUCUCACUCACGCCUGCGUUUUACUCACUAGAAAACGUCUCCACUUAAACUAUUAUUCUGAAAAGCGGAAGUUGUUUUUGUUGUUUGAUACACAACGCUAAUGAUUCGUCUCCCUCGUUCACGGUAACUAAAGAUGGAGUCGCCAGAAAACCUGCAUGGUCCAGCAGUCGGUGUCGCGCAGGAUGCUACACCAACCACCGUGGACGUGGACACCGCAGUGUUUCUGCUAGGAGCGGGUGUAACAACCCUCACACACCCGCUGCUGUACGUCAAGCUGCUAAUACAGGUGGGACAUGAGCCUCUUCCCCCGACUGUGGGCACAACUAUGUUUGGAAGGAGAGUUUUAUACCUGCCCGGCUUUCUCUCUUAUGCGCAGCAUAUUGUCAAGGUGGAUGGAAAGAGAGGACUUCUUCGUGGCCUCUCACCACGUAUUGUAUCCAGUGCCAUCUCUACUGUGGUGAGGAGCAAAGUUAAACAGCAGAUAGACGUCCUGUUUAAAAACAGCGACCAGCAGAAUUCACUCAGGAAAGUGGUCAAAGAGACCUCACAUGAGAUGAUCAUCCAGUGCCUGUCCAGAGUAGCCACCCAUCCUUUUCAUGUUAUGUCGGUACGCUGCAUGGCUCAGUUUGUUGGCAGAGAAGUCAAGUAUGGUGGGAUGCUCAGCUGUAUGGUCAAGAUUUUCAAGGAGGAAGGAGUUGCUGGCUUCUAUGUUGUUUGUGUGUUUGCAGUGGUCUCAUACCGCAUGUCCUGGGAGAGGUUCUGUUUCUGUGGUGUUGUAAUCUCCUGGCUCACUUUAUUAACACCUAUGCUGUGGAUGAAAGUGUGGGCACUUGAAGAGCAUGUUCAACACCCGCUCUACCUCCUGAGCCACGCCUACCUUUGAGGUUGUGCCUCAGAAGGUAGAGCGCCCUUAUUUUCCACAAAGCAAAAAAACAGAAUUUAAAAUGUAGUCAAAAUGCAAAAAUUAGAUAACAUUAAGUGGCUCAAGUGUAAUGGACAGUGCAGUGCAGUAAGGGGGAUUAAACAAUGGGAGGUUGCACACUUGACAGAUUAACAGAUGAAUCUCUGUAUUAUACGUAUUAUCCUGUUCAUGUGGUAUCAAAGAUUUCCUGUGUACAUUCAAAAACAUACCGUAAGAGCUACAAUGUGACAAACAAAAGAGCUCUCAUGCAGCUUUAAAAUUCCUGUCAUAAUUUAAAAUCUGUUAAUAUAAUCCAAUUUGUAUCCCUUCAACAAAAUAAGACCAGAUUCCUGUCAACAGAGCAAAGGCCCGGAAGUACACCGGAAUAUUAUAACACUUAAUUUAGAAAGAAAUCUAAACUUUAUAUAAAUGAUUGCAAAUCUUAGAAAUCUAUUUGGCCAAUGCUGCUAAUCAUACAAAACACAAAAUAUUUUCUUAAAGUUGACACUGGCUAUCCUGAUGUGAUAAUGGACUUGCACUUAUAUAGUGCUUUUCUGCUCCACUUGGCCCAUUUCCACACACACAAUCUUACAAGUACAUUUUUCUAUCUCUGAGUGCUUUCUAUAGAAAAAUAUAUUUUUGACAUCUGACGUUAUUAGCCAUUUCAGGGUCAAAACUCUUCUUUAAAGAGUUAAAAAUGGUCUUUUAUCUUCUAUAAAAUGAUAGGUUUGGCUGUUCUCCCAGAUGUUCCAAUAAAAUUUAACACUGAGGCAUCCAUGAAAAAGAGGAUUCACAAGGUUCAAAGAAAGUUAUCUCACUGAAAAUGAUAUGCCAUGUUCUGACUGAAGGAUUUAUAAAAACAGCUAAAAGUUGUAGCUCUGCUAUCACUAUGAAUUUAAUACAAGAAACAAAACAUUCUCAUUUUAAUGUAACAGUUGAAGUCUUAGUUAGUCGAGUGGUUCAGGGGGUUGGGAAGCUCAUCUUGUAACCGGAAGGUUGCAAUUCUUGGUCGUAUUGGUCGUUGUGUCCUUGGGCAAGACACUUCACCUACCACCUACUGGUGUUGGCCAGAAUGGCCGAUGGCGCGAUAUAGCUGCCUUGCUUCUGCCCCAAGGCAGCUGUGGCUAAAACUGUAGCUUGCCUCCACCAGUGUGUGAAUGUGAGAGUGAAUGAAUAGUGGAAUUGUAAAGCGCUUUGAGGGUCUCGAAAAGCGCUAUAUAAAUGCAAUCCAUUAUUAGUCUGAGAGUCCUUUUUUUUUUUUUUUUUUUUUUUUUUAAAUUUCAACAUUCAAAUAUUUGGCGUCUAGCGGACUGUGAGCCCAUGGAUUCUAAUUACAUCGUAAGGUUUUAAAAACUGAGCUUAAAAAUGCAGUGCACAUGAAUAGUGCUAAUAAAAAAGCAGAGAGGCCUACAGUGAACAGAUUAUUUUUAAGGGGUUUUUAGUAUUGUUUGUAUUAAAACAAAAUACAAAGCAUUACAAUACAUGAAAAAGACAACAGCAUUAAAGAAGGAGGAGUUUGGACCCAGAAGCAGGGUUGUUACAUCAUCACUUAACAAGUGGAUAGUCUCAUAGACAAAAAGCUAAGCUAGUGUUUAUGGCAGAGGUAUUAUUAUCAUCAUCACCAGCUAGACAAAAGCCUGGGCUAGGCUAAUGACAAAGUUGCCUUAUUGCAAAUAAACAACAUACAGAAGAGGCACACUUGAUACAUGCAGACCAUUAAGCAGUGUUGGAACACACUGUGGUACCAUACGCUCGAAAGCAUCAGUUGAACAGAAAGUAGUGUGAUGGUACAAGAAUGGUGAGAAAAAGGUGAUUAACAAUGGAAGAGAGACAGACCUUCAUAUAAAUGUCGGUCUGCCCUACAGAGAAACUGCAAAGAAAGUCAAGGUGUCAGUGAGUCCAGUUUCCUUCAGCAUCCAAAGGCUCAGAAACAAACUGACAGGAAGAGGUCUGCAGACCCAAAGACACGACUCAAUCAGAGGACAAGUUUCUGAGAGUUAA